UGGAAAACAACCUGGCUCCAGAUAGACAAUUAACAAAGGCCGAAAACCUCGCAGCCCCUUCCUGACGCACGCACACAGCGUGGGCAGAGCCGCGCCUACCCACGCCCUCCGUGGGGACCGCUGAGCAGAGGCCGGGCGUGGUGCGGGUCCCGGGAGCCCGGCGCCCCUCCUGCCCUGGCUGGGCAGUCGCGGGGCAGCCGAGCUCUGAGCUAGAGCACUGCGCACCUAGCAAGAGCGCACGGACUAUAUACUAGACUGAUUUUAGUUCUUAAUUGCCUGUCACGGGGCAUCAAAGAGAUCUCAGGACUGAGCAUGGACUGGAUUAUAAGGAAAGCCACGUAUCCUGCAGUGUAUUCUCCAAGACGAAGCCUCCUUAUCACACAAGACCAGGAAAUGGAAUAAGGGCACCCAGCGUGCUCUUCCAGGCUGUUAAGCUGCAUUUGCCCUGAGAGCGUUGCAAAGAUAGUGGAUCACAACCUACUGACAUGGCCAGUCGUGGGGCUGAUGAGCCCAGGACAGGGAGUCCAGACGGAGAAAGUCGGGUCUCUGAGGACAAAUGGACGCUCCAUCAGAGGCUGGCUGUCCAGGAGCUGAUCCACAGCGAGGUCUCGUACGUGAACACACUCCAGCUCUGUGCCUUGGCCAUCAGGAGCCGCCUGCAGCAGGUAUCCAGCUACCACAGGGAGAUUUGGAUGUCCUGUUCUCAAACAUCGAUGACAUCAUCAAGGUGAACAGCAAAUUACUUCAGGACUUACAGGAGACAGACUCCAAGGAAGAGGAACAAGUCCAGCUAAUUGGUAACCUAUUCUUGGAAUCCCAAGAGGAGUUGGAGCGAGUCUAUAAGGUGUACUGUGUCACCUACGACCACGCCUUGCAGCUGGUGGAGUCGUACCGGAAGGACCCAGAGCUGCAGCGGGAGAUCCAGGACAUCAUUGCGUCAGUGGUGCCACAAGCUGGACCCUCAGGCCUCAGUUUCUUACUGAUAGUCCCUAUACAGAGGAUUUCCAAGUACCCACUGCUGCUGCAGAAAAUUCUGGAGAACACACUGCCUGAUGCCAGUGCCUACCCUGUCCUUCAGAGGGCUACCUCUGCCCUCCAGGACGUGAACAACAACAUUAAUGAGUACAAGAGGCGCAAGGAAGUGGCCUCCAAGUACAGCAAGGUGGAGCAGCUGACCCUCCGGGAGCGACUGGCCCGCAUCAACACACACACCCUAUCCAAGAAGACCACUCGGCUGGGCCAGCUGCUGAAACAGGAGGCAGGGCUCGUGCCCCGGACGGAAGAUAAGGAAUUUGAUGAUUUAGAAGAGAGGUUCCAGUGGGUCUCGCUGUGUGUGUCAGAGCUGAAAAACAACGUGGCUGCUUACCUGGAUAAUCUGGAGGCUUUCUUCCGCUUCCAGCCACAGGAAUGGGAUCUGGACAUCCCCGGGGGGGCUGUGGUGCAGUACCGCGACCUGGCAAGAGACCUUCAGCUCCACACCUUCCCUGAGUUUAAGCAGCGGCUGGAAGGCCUGGUAUGGCAGCCACUGUGCAGCCUGGCCAAAGCCUUGGCCGGCCCUCAGAACCUGAUCAAGAAGCGUCUGGACAAACUACUGGACUUUGAGCGGCUGGAAGAAAAGCUGUUGGAGGUGGGCAGUGUGACCUGCGAGGAGAAUGAGGCCCGGCACACGUACCAGGCACUCAACUCCCUGCUAGUGGCUGAGCUCCCGCAGUUUAACCAGCUGGCCAUGCAGUGGCUGGGCCAGAUCCUGCGUACGUUCAUGGCUCUCCAGAGGGACCUUGCAGAGCAAGUGCUGCAGAAGGCAAAGGGCAGCUUGGCCCAGCUGCCCCACUGCCAGCUCUCUGAGCCAGCCUUCAGGAAGCUGCUGGAGGAUGCACUAGGCCAGGCUGGUCACCAGCUUCGCUCCUUUCAAGAGAACUUCGAGAAAGUGCUGCCACCUCCCACCAUACAACCACUCCUUCCGGGGGCUGAGCGCCAAGUGCAGGCUCUCCUGAGCAAGUAUGGCCCAGGAAAGCUGUACCAGGUGACAAGCAACAUCAGCGGGGCAGGGACCCUGGACCUGACGCUGCUGCGGGGUCAAAUCGUGGCCCUCCUUCAAAACAAGGACACCAAAGGGAACAGCACCCGCUGGCUGGUGGACACCGGGGGACAUCGAGGGUACGUGCCAGCUGGGAAACUGGAGCUGUACCAUGUCGUCCCUGGUGAGGAGAAGCUCAGAGGGCAGGUGGGGCCUCCAGAGGACGCCCGACACCUAACACCAGAGCCCACCCCAGCCCCCUUCCCCACUGUCUCAACUGGGACCCAGGUGGUGGCAGUGUACCCCUUUGUGGCCAGAAGCAGCCAUGAAGUGAGUCUGCAGGCAGGCCAGCCCGUGACUGUCCUGGAGGCUCAGGACAAGAAGGGGAACCCAGAAUGGAGCCUUGUGGAAGUGAACGGACAGAGGGGCUAUGUGCCUUCCGGCUUCCUGGCCAGGGCCCCCAGCCCAGCUCCUUGGGGCUGGAGUCUGCCCUCCUAGGGCACCUGCCUUAGCGCCCUGUGGCCAAAGGAUGGGGUGGCUUAGAGGCUGUGACCCAAGGAGGGAAGACAAGCUGGGGUGGAAGGAGAGAUCAGGCCAUGGGGGGGGACGGGCACCCAGAAGGCAGCCAGAAGAGAUGGGCGGGACUUGCAGAGUGCCUGGCACGCGUGGGCACGAAAGGCUCUAGCUGGGACCCGUUAUGCUAUCUUUAUAAAGACUUCGUUCCAACCUGAAGUCACCAUUCUAGAUGGCAGGCCAGGUUGGUAAGGACUUGCCAUAGCUAAUGGCCAGUCUUAUCUGGGCCUGCUUGUGGAGUGGGUCACCCAGGUGAAUGUUACCGGUGUGCUGUGUGGUUGCAGUGAGGGGCGCUAGAGAGUCCUGGAACUGCCUGGCCUGACAGUUCACUUUCUACAGUACAUGUGGUAUCAGGAGGCGCCAGUCAUCUUUUACCUCUCCAUACUGGGAGCUGAGUUCUCUUGGGCAGUGAACUCCAGAAGCCCUCUCUAGCAGGGGAGCGACGGCUUGUCGGGGCAGUGGAGAGGUUCCCAGGAGACUCUUGCCUGGGCCUGGGAGUGGGUACGACCGAGUCAGAGUUCUGGAAUGUGUGUAGGAACAUUCAGAGCCUGUUCCAGGGGAGAAGGGAUGUUGAGGAUGAUUAGUUGGGGUGUAUGAGGCUGUUGGCAGCAGUUGUACUCUGCUGCUGUGUUCUCGGGAUUAGGGGACAAAGGAGCGUGCAAAUCACAGCGAUGAUAGCAGGUGAUGACAGGCCUGGUGGGUGGGGGAGAUUAGAUAAUGGCUUAGUUUCCUGUUUCUGGAAGAAGGGGAGCCAGGAGAACCCCCAGUAGUUUCAGGAGGCCGCCGAGGGCCUGGAGGCAACAAUGGUCGUGAUGUCAGUUGGCUGUGGGACCUUAGACAUAGGACACGACUCAGUUCUCCCACCCAUAAAGACCUAGCUCACAGGGCUGUGGUGAGAAUGGCAGGAAGCUCCUUGCAAAUUGUGGAAUGUAUAUACAUGUAAAUUACCCUCGGUGGCAGGAUGUUUGGGACGUGGCCUCAGCAUUUGCAUCCGUGCUCCACUGCCCAUUCCGUACCCAUGGCAGACGUCGUUCCUCAACGUGGUGUCCAUUCCCACCAGACCAGGCUCUGCUGCAGCAGCCUUCUCAGUACUGUCGUCUAGGGAGCCAAACUCUUGAAUUUGGUGAGAUCAAACCUAUUAUCAUCCCUUUCUAGAACCUGGAAAUGGAAGCCCUUCAAAACAGCGCCUGUUCAAGAAAGACUGACCCAUUGGGGCAAUUUUGGGUGCAGCUGCUAUUGAAUGAUCAUCACUAGGUUGUCACUUUGGGCUAAGAUAAAUCGCAAGAUUCACAGAAGAGCAAAGAGAUCCAGUGUGAUCUUUAAUACAAAUGACAAAUUUUGGAACCAACCCAAGUUAGAGUGUGUGUAAAAGUAGGUGACAGUUAAGACUUACCUCCAAGACAUCUCUGUGUUCUUGUAACUGUAAGUUUUGAUGUUUAGAGGGCUUUUAAGAAAUAUAGACAUGUCUGCGUCAGACAGCCUGUAACUCACCUCCUCUGGGCUUGUGAAAGCAUGAAGACUGUAUAAUGCUAGAGAAACUCAGUCCCCAUAACCCUUUUCCCAGCCCCAAAUUCACUUUACAGAUGCUUUUGACUCAUUUUCCUUUCCUGCUCAGAUUUCUGAUACAAAUAGGAAGCAGAUAUUAAAAUAAGAAAUCCAUUUGUGGUUCCACAAUACUUACCAAGAGCCUGCGGUGUGCUAGAUCCCUACCUAGCUCAGAGUUUCUCAGCGUGGCUCUUUACUGCAGUCACCUGGGCCGCUCUCAAGUAUGACUGAUGCCAGGACCCCACCUGGAGAUUCUGAUGUAAUUUGGGAUGUGGCCUGAGCCUCAGGAGCUCAGAAAGCUCUCCAGAGGCUUAGUGUGUGGCCAGGGUUGGGGACCUCUGCCCAUACAUGCAGUGGUGGACGAGAGAAUUGGGGAAUCAGAAAUGGCCGCAAGCUAUAAGCAGGACAUGCCCCAUCGCAGCUUUGUGCUAGCUCAUGUUUCGAACAGGCAGCUUUAGAGGUGGUUUGAAAUGGGACAGCCUAUUCUGUCAGGUCCCAGAAUGUAUAUUUAUUAAGUGCCAUUAAAAGGGACCUGAACAAAAUUGGAUGUUCCUGUAGGCAGAAGGGAGAAAACUGAAAUACACUUGAAACCAAAUCUAUCUCGUGAAGGAAAGAUAAAAAUGUAUUCAGUAGCACAUGGGUUACGGUUUCUUGUGGACCAGGGGAUGAGAUUAAAAGUCUCUGAAGGGUGAGAAAAUGCAUAUCGAGAAGAUGGAGAAUGGCCUGAAUUUUCUCCAGGGGACUCUGUAUAACGUGCCUUUCCCCCCCAAAAUGUCUAGAACCAUUGUACUGUCUUGUUUAUUUCACCGUUAGGCUGUCACAUAUCGAACCUGCUAAGGUAUUUGUCUAGGAACCAAACUUUCAGGAGUUGAAGACUUUCAUAGGGGUGCUCCUUGCUUCCGGCAGUGGAAUGAGACCUCUUUAAAAUUUUGGGCCCAAUUUUGGACAUGAGGACAAGAUUACAAUAUCAAAGGAAAGAUGAGUGAAUUUUUAGUUAAUAUAAUGGGCUCCAGCUUGGUGAAUAACUGAGGUGAACUACUUGGUGAAUAACUGAUGUGAAUAAAGGACUUCAAAGA